GUGAAUACUAAAACAACAUACACAUUUUUAGGGAACAACACCUGUUAACAGAAGAUACAGGUGCAAAAUUAGAUUUUAAUUAUGUUUAAAAUAAUAUUAUGCAGAACAGAUUUCGGCCAUAUUUCAAUGUCUUUUAACUGUUAAAAAGGUGUCAAGUUUGAAACUGUGAGUGUUAUUAAUUAAUUAUUAAUAUCUGCAAACUGAAACCACUUGUCGCUCACACUGUGAGUACUACACUACGUCUACACUUGACUUAUUUUAAGUCACUGACUUAGUUACACGACAUUCUUUACUUAAUUCUACGUCUACAUACUUACACUUAUAGUUUUGAGUACAUUGUACAACCGUGUGUAAAAGCUGUGGAGUAAGAGAAACUUGCAUCAAAAUCAAAGAAAGAUAUUGUAGGCUGCUGUGACUGGGUUAAAAUGGGUUGAGCAGCACAUGGUUUUGACAAUAAAAAAUAAUAGUUAUUACUUUAUUAAUUAUUUAGUUGUAUCACCCAUUAAGACUAAGUGCAGUUAUCUUAGCUUAGACUAAGGGAAUCUCAACACUGGACUUGGUCAAAGGCAAAGGACAAAAAGUUGGACCUGUCAUUGUCAUAAACCAAAUCUGACAAUCCAUAAUCAUAAAAUGUUAUAAAAAAUAUUCAAACGAAAUUUUCCCUUUCGUUUUUUAUUAAAAUUCAACUUACGAGGCUAACAAGGCUCAAAAGAAAUAAAAAAGAAACUUACCCAUGCUGUUACGCAAAAACAACCACUGAUGAAAAAUAUUUGCGGUUAUUUGGGCAGUGCUAAAAAAAUGCUGUCUUUGAUUAUAUUGAAAAAAGAAGUACCCAUAUUCCUUUCAUUUUAAUAUCAUUACCAUGACGCGAUUUUGACGUACAUUUCAACAGACCCCUUCCCCAUUUAAAGACAAAAAUUAAAAAAGAAAAAUAAUUUGUAAAACUUGUGGGGUGAGAGAAACUUGUAUCAAAUAAGGACAUAGCUCAAAAUCCAAAUCUUUUGAAUGUGGAGUUUAAGCCAGAAGUUGACCUUAGGAACUCCUAUGACUUACAUAUAGUGAAAGAAAUGACCAUCCAUUCUGCUAACCAGUUCCUAGCCGGCUGCUGUAGUACCGGUAUAUAAAAAAAAGUGUAUUGCUUAUCAUUAAAUAGCCUACAGAAUAGAAUUUAUACAUUAUUGCCCUAUACUAUUAAUCUAUUCACCUACAAUUUUUUUUUUAUUAAAGACAAUAAGUAUAAACUAAGACUAAAUGAUCUAAAAGAAAGUCAAAACUAACUGGACUAUUGAAUUAUUCUACUAUUAAAUGUAAAAUAUUUCUGCUUUAACACUGCCUAUGCCUAAGGGCCUAGGCCCUAUCUAAUGAAAUAAUUGAUUCAAGAAUUGAAAUUUACAAUAAACUCAAAUUAUUUUUUUUUUAAAACUUGUUUUGUAGGGGUAAGUUAUGUAUUCAUUUCUUUUCAAUUAUACCUACAUAUCCUACAAGUUACAGGUAAAUGUAUUUGUAAAGUUACUCAUCAAGGUUUUUAUUCUUGUCUGGAAAGUUUAACAGUACAGAAUGCAUCCUGCUAUACCUAUAUCCUUAGUGUUCUUUGGCUGCUGCAGCAAUGUUAUUUUCUUGGAGGAGCUUAUUAAGUAAGUCUUGCUCUCCACUUGACCAUGUAGACAACUUCUAAUUUUAUAUUGAGAAAAUCUUAAUAUAGAUUAAAUUUAAACUUUAUCCAAGUAUUAAUAAUAAUUUUAUUUUCAUAAUAUUUAUAAAAAAUACAUUUUAAACAAUAUCAAUGAUUUACAUUUUUAUUCUUAACUCCCUCUUAAAAUAUAAUUUGUAACACUUUAAUAAGAUUGGAAUACAAAUGUGUUUAUUAUUGGAUUCUGAAAUAAUAAUUUUUUUAUCUUUUAAAACUUUUUGUUCCAGAGUCUACCCACACAGUGGUAAUACAAUAACAUUUUUUGCUUUUGUGUUCAACUGCUUUGAAGGAUUAUUCAUCACAACGAAGUUUCUAACUAAGCCAUCAGCUAUACCACUCAAGUUCGUUCUUUUGCUAUGAAUAAAAUUCUUCAACAUAUCAGGACUUACUUAAACAUAUUUAUAGUAAAGCUUUAAUAAUAAUUUACUUUGCUUUUUUGAAUAAUGGUUCCACUUUUAGAUAAUUAUAUUAGAUAAUUAUUUUCUUAACAAGUUAAAAUUAUUUUUCACCAAAAUAAUUGGUUGUUUCAUUUCUUUUUUUUUCCUCACCAGGUUUUAUGUCUUGAUGGUUAUCUUCUUUUUCAUUGUUCAGACUUUAAACAAUUACACAUUUGGCUUCAACAUAUCAAUGCCACUGCAUAUGAUAUUUAGAUCUGUAAGUUAACAUUUGAUUUUAGUCAAAUCUACAAAGUCAAACAUUGUCUGUUGUAGGCAAAAUUUAACAUUUGUAAAUCCCUCAGAGAUCAUUUAACAUGUUGGAGUGAGAAUCACUGACAAUAGAUGACUUGUAAAAUAUUUCAAGCUGAAACUACAUGAAAUUAAUAUUUAACACUUGUCAAACUAAUAAUAAAUAUUUUCUUACUUCAGGGAUCCUUGAUUGCCAAUCUCAUCUUGGGCGUCAUAAUCAUGAAGAAAAGGUAAGACGAUUAAAGGUGGGACACAUAAAGUUUUGUUAUUUAAGAAAAUUGGAGAAACGUUGAUAUUAAAAUGUAAGCGAUUUAAUGAGUGGUCUUGAAUUAGGACUAGAUAGUUUAUUUGCAAAAUGCAUGAAUUACUGCACGGGUAUAUAAAAUAGGAAAACUAUUUUAUACACUUACAUGUUUUUUCAAGCGUUAAUAAUAUCAAUGGGUUAUCACAAUGUCCUAAAUUGGGGCCUAAUUGAACACAGUUUAAAAGAUUUUUGUGUGAACACAAUCAGAUUAACAUAUCCAAAAAAUUUUUAUGCAACUAUAACAUCAUUUUUCAUAUCUUUGACAGGCAUACACUCUAGGUUAUAAACCUUUCUUUGCCAGCUUCAAUCUUGUUUGUGUGUGUGUGCUUGGACAGUGAUCCCGUUGGUCCCCUCCUCUCCAUUUACAUGAUUUUUUUUACAUUUCCCUCUUCAUCUCCCCUGCACUCUAGCUCCAUCUUCCCCUUUCCACCAACAGCCCCUUUCUCCUGCUACCAAAUCCAUCUACUCUUCCCAGUCUUUACCUCUCCAUACCUCUCAUCAUAUUCCUUUCUCAGAAGUCAUUUGUUUUUAUUACUGAGUCCCUGUAGAACUAUACGAGACGUAGUGGAAAUAAUUAAAAAACUCAUAAGAUGUAAGGGGAAAGCUUGAAAUAUAUUUGUUGGCUUUUCUAUGAUUACCACUUCUAGAACCACUUGAGUUGUAUUAUUCUAGUUUUACUGGACAUCAUUUUCUCUGCUCUUCAUAAGAAUAGUUCAUUUGAAAUGUUUAAUUACUGGUACAAACAAAAUAAGUUUUAAACUUUUUGUUCAUUAACAGCUUUAUUUUUCAUAUAUCACAAAUUGAUGUCCAGGUUUAUUUGCUCUAUUUCAGCUACAAGAUCUCCAAGUAUGUGUCUGUCUUCCUCAUCACUCUAGGUAUAGCUAUAUGCACCAUUGCUUCAGCUAGUCAGAAAGUAAGUUUUUUUUGUUUUCAGAGUGCAUUUUUUUAACCCCAUCCAAAAAAAAAUUGUACUUAGUGUUAGUUCUCCAAUGCACUGAUUCUUUUUUCAAGUCAAAUGAAACCAUUUGUUAAGAACUUGAAACAAAACAUUUUUAGCAACACAAACAGAUUUAUGUAAGGAAAGGAAAGUUACAAUAUCAACAAGUUAAGGAUCACUAUUUUAUUUUGAAAACUGAAUUUUUACAAUAUGAUCUAUUUCUGGAUUUUUCUUUGUUUUUUGCAAACAUAUUUAAAAUGGAUGAUGAUAUUUCCCACAGGAAAAAAUGGCCAGUCAUACUGGAGAUGCUGCCUAUGAUUACAUGAUAUGGGUUAUAGGUAAGUUAUAAAAUCUGGUUGUCAACCCAUGGCUGGUGCAUUGAUUAUUAUAGUUGAUCAUGGUGCCUAGCAUGUAACUACCAAAGACAUACUACUGAAGUUUACCUCAUUUCUCAAGUGAAUUAUUUUGUUUAGCAUGAGUUAAGUUGUCAUUUACCCUCUCCUAGCCUCUAAAAUUAUGAAAAUAAAUGCUUAAAAACUAGUAUUUCAUUUACUUAUAUUUUAUUUCCUAGGUUUGUGCUUGCUUGUGCUGUCACUAUUUUUAUCAGCCAGAAUGGGAAUUUUCCAAGAGCAAACCUAUGCACAGUUUGGUAAACAUCCAUCUGAAGCUCUGUUCUAUAAUGUAAGUUCUUGUGUAGUUUGUCUAUAUGGAUUAUGUUAUUGAAACAAGAUUGUGUAAAAAAAUGUAAUUCUCUACAAAGUUAAAGUAGUUCUUAUCAAAAUGAGUUUUGAAAAAUGCCACUUCUUUAUUAUGAUAGUUUCGCUUCUCAAUUCUGAACAGCAUUUUAGCUUUAUAAUUAAUUCCUUAAAAUUUUUAUGCUGUUUUAAUUUUUUUUAAUCCCUGUUAAUUAAGGCUGUCCAUUUUCCGGAGGCUUAAAAUUAAAAUUUAAUGCUUCCGGUAUUUUCAUUAAAAAAAAAAAUUUGUAUAUUACGCGUGUGCAUUUUUGGAAGCAUAAUAUUAAAAUUUUAACUUCCCUAAGUUUGCCUCAGUCUGAAUGAAUUUGUGUGUAAUGCAGUUGGUCUAAUAUCUAGUUGAAAAUGUAAAAUUUACAUUGAUUUGAAUUAAUUAUAAUAUUCUGUUAUAAAUAGGUGUAACAAUUAAAUGUCACAUACUUAAAAUUUGUCAAAAGUGAUCCCGUAGACGACCAUAAUUAAUUAUAAUAAAACAAAUAAGUUAGUAUCACCAAAAGGAUCUCAGCAAUACUUGUUUUACAGUUGUUAGUAUGACACGGUGCAAUAAGGCCUAAAAAGAAUACAAAUUUAAAAUCAUUACAUUCAGUGGAUUAAAUAUUUCUUAGUCUUCAACUAUCUAUGAAAAUAACCAUAAUUUUAAUUGAAACAUUUAAAUAUUUUAAAUCUGAAUUUAAUUAAAUGUAUACAACUUUUCUUAUGAAGUAUUGGAACAAGACAUUCUCAUUAACCAAUAACCAGUGUUUUCUAAAAAUGGCAGUGUUUUUACAGCUGAUGGAAGGGGAUAUGAAUUAUAUUAAACAUUGUGGAGUGAAUAAUAGAUUGUAGGUAGUACAUUAUUAUUUUAUAUUUCUCAUCCACUAAAGUAACUGCACUGACAUUUGUGAUGAAACUUUUUUCAGAAGAGCACCAAGGGAGUUGAUUUAUACUUAAUUGUGUAUAAUAAAAUAUAAUUUUUUUCAUACAUACAUGUAUUAUAUAUUUACAGCACUUUCUGCCUUUACCAGGGUUUCUACUCAUAGUGACAGACAUCUAUAGCACAUUCAAAGACUUCAAUAAUUCAGGUAAAAUAAUCAACUGAAAGAGUGGAUUACAUGGUUAAAUAACACUUAACUUGUAAGACAUAUUUAGUCAUUUGAAGUUAUGUCCUUCAAUGAUUAAAGAAUUUUGUAAUGGAUUUCUUCACUAACAAAAAUCUCAAACUAUUCCUACCAGCUUUCCUCCCAUGUAUAGAUUCCAUAUAAUUAAGUGUUGUAUUAUUGCAGUACUGGUAGACCAAACUGAGCUAAACAUGUGAUAUAUUUUCGAUCUCCCAGAUCCUUACACCAUCCCAGCUGUUGAUGUUAUAGUGCCCUGGGCAUGGCUGUGGCUUUUCUUCAAUACAGUGUCUCAGUAUCCUUUGUAUAAUGAUGAGAAUUUGGUGCUGUAUGACCUGUGGUAAUUUAUCAUGUAUUUUGACUAUUAUGUUAGUCCGCCUCAACAAUGGAUAAAUGUCCUAUUAGAAUGGCCUUGAAGUUACCCUAUAAGGCAAAUAUUUUUAUGGUGAAGCAAAAACCAUGGUUAAUUCAUUUCCUACGGUUUCUGACUGAUUCCUUUAGAUAGUCUUGAUGUGUUCCGGGGCAUUCAGACACAACUCUCUCUUUAUUUAAAAAUAGCAACGAAAUCACACUUCCCUCGAGCCUUCAGGUGAUGAUGUGAUCCUGAGUGAUUUCAGUUUAAAAAAAUUGAUGAUUUAAUCUUGUUUCCCUUUCAAUCUAUCAGUGCUUUAGUAAAUUGCGCCAAGUCUAAGGUGCAAAAAAUAGAUUUUUUGCUUGUUGUUAUUUUUUGCCGUUAAUAUUAUAUUUUUCUUGAAACUAGAAUGCAUUGAUCCUUAAUAUUUAAAAAUUAUUUAAUAUUACGCAACUAAAAAAAAUUUUCACUAAUAUAAAUCAAUUGCAAAACGGGGUUACUUACCUUCAUUUAGGAAUACGGAUUGAGAAUUGAAGUAGCACAGUGAUAGGGAAUUGAGUUGAAAUAACCCUCGGCCACUGUAGUUUGAGGACUGCUCCCAACUAGGAUAAAAAAAAAUUUGUCUGUUUAUGACAAAUCCACUUUGGUCUAAGUGGUUAAUUAAAGGUGUCAGAUAAAAUCAAUAACAAAAUAAAUAGUAACUUAAAGGUUAGACCUUGACAAUCGGCCAAUGCUGACGUGUAAAUGGAGGCUAGAUCUAAUAAAUGAAACUUGAUGAAUUAAGUCUCAAGGCAUAAUUUGAUUACUUCUAUCCCAUUUCAUUGCAUUCCUUAAUUCAGACUCUCAGAUUUAUCUGUAUCAAGAGUGUUUUCAUCCUGACUACAGAAUGCACUUCACUAACUGUGACCUUGGUGGUGACCUUGAGGAAGUUUGUCAGCUUGGUGUUUUCCAUCCUGUAUUUCCAGAACCCGUUCACCUUGACCCACUGGGUGGGUGCUUCCCUGGUGUUCCUGGGAACUCUGAUGUUUGUUGAGGUGCUGUCAAACUUUAGCCUGUAUCGUAAGUUAGAGAACCUGCUGACUCCAGAGAAGAAGAAAUUCAAGAUUUAACAAUGGGGUUUUAAGUUUUUACUGUUAAUCUUAAUGAUAAAGUAACAGUAUCUUUUAUUUGUAUAGUCUAUUUUCAUUAGCCAUGAUAUUUGCUUAACAAAUUCUUUACUAUUAUAUUGAAUUUUAAAAAAUUUGUGUGAUAAAAUAUUACUAAUAUAAAAAUAACAUGAAAAAAAAAAAUUAUAGUUUGCCUCUUUGUUCCCUUAUUUUUAAACCUUUUAGUUAAAAAUUUUAUCUCAAAUGUAGAUCUUGUAAUUUACAUUAAUUGGUUUCAGCUCAGAGAAAGAUAUUCAAUCGUAAAAUGUGCAAUAUUUGAUUUGCAUUUUACUAAAUGGAACUAAAAAAAGUGAGAAGAUCCUAAUAAUGUUGUAGAAGUUUGUAUUUUAACAUGCCAAUAUUUCUAGUUCUAAUUUUUAGAUUUGUCUGUUUAUUGAUUUCAACAGAGAUGCCUUGUUGAAUUGAUCUGGUUUGUUUGCUUUAGCAAUGGUAUCAGGAUUUUUUUUGUCAAUACAUUACUCAGAUGAUCUCACAUAAUAUAAAUAAGGGCACAUUUGUUUAUUAUGCAUAGGCUGGGAGAAUGAUUAUGAAUUUUGGAAGUACAGUAAAUAAAUAUUUAUACUUUGAAUUGAGGGGGGAAGUUAGUCACAGCUGACUUUUUUUGUUUGUUUCCAAGUUAGUGACAGCAGGAGAGUUUGUGUUAGAUUCAAAGAUAAAUUAGGGGAAAGAAACUUUAAUUAAGGAAGCCUUAUUUUGUGUGCUUAUUUCUUUAAAUCUAAAUUUUUUGAAAAUUGAAUUUUCGUCACAUAUUUUGACAUUUCUAUUCAACUUCAAGUUUCUAGCAAUCGAAACAUUGUUCCUCAAAAAAAAAGUGAUAAAAAUUAUUUUUAGAUGUGUCUAAUAGUCCCAUACAAUGUAUGCUAUCAAUGAGCAUGAUGGAACCACCAAUAUUACUUUCUAGUAUUUUCUGUUGUUUACUUCUUGACCUAGUUUACCAUUGAUAGUAUUACAGAUUAUAUAAAUAUAAUAUUAUGUUUUCUAACUUAAGAUCACUAUAUUAGAUUUUAAUAAAAUAAUUUAAUUUUUAUACUAAAUUAGUUGUAUCAUUACAAGUAAAAAGAUCAAGAAGGUGAUAGUUAUUAGAUUCAACCACAGCUUAUUAUAAAUUGAUAUAAAUAUAAGUUUCAGUGGUUGACAUGUUGCUUUUAUGUUGACUCAUUGAAUCAAAAAAAAAUCUAAACUUAUAAAACAUCCAAGUCCAGAUAUUGCAUAGGAGAUGCUAUUUCUGUUACAAUAUAUUUAUAUUCUAUAUUUGAUAAUAGUUAUAGUUAUAAAAUAGAUAUUUUUGUUUUUUCUGAAAUUUGCAAAUAAAUUUAUCAACAAAUUUAAUUAAAAAAUCUCGGUGAAAUUUCUUUCACACAAUUUUUAUUAACUUAUUUAUAUUUCAAGAGAACUGACUUUGGUCUCUCUAAUGCCCCUAGAAGUGUUACUUACUAGUCAAAAUGAAAGAAUAUUACACUAAAGAUUUAUAGCUUACAUUAAUUUGCUAUACUUUAAUUUUAUGAUAAUUAUGAUGUAGAUCUGCUUCUCUCAACAUACUUGUCUUAGUAUGUAACCAGAUUCAUGUCUGACUCCACUUGAGUCAACUAGGACUAAAUGAGUCAUUUGUUGACUAAAUGAGUUAAAAUUGACUCUAACUCUAAAAAUCUGAUUAUCACACAUUCAGUAUUGAAUAAUGAAUGAUACUCUUGAGAUCAAUAUAUUAUUAUCACUAUACUAUUAUGUGAAAGCCUUUGAAAAGUGAGAGUUAUCUCCCUUGAACAGAAAGUUUGAUGACUAGAAAGUCAUGGUUGUACCUCAAGCAUUUGAUUUUUGUCUGUUUUGUGCAGCCAAAUCCCUAAUGUGAGUCUUUGUGAAUGCAUAAUAUUUAAGAUAGAAUUAUAAUAAUUCAAAUUCAUAUCUUGCCAAUGUUGCUCAAUCUGGAUGGACCUUGUGCAAAUGAUCAUCCAUAAUUAGUUGUUUUAGUCAGCGUGUUCUGAAUUUAUUUGUUUUCUUCUCGUUGAUUUCACUCAUGAUUUUAUGGAAUAAUUGAUCAAACUCAAAUAUCUCUGUCAAAGAUUUACUUUUUGAGACUAGUUUUGCCGCAUGGAUCCCCAGUACAAAUGGCUGAAGAUUAUCUUGCAGUUGUUGAUAACUGUGCAUCCUCUCCAUCAAGUUUCAGAAUGACCAUAUUAUGUUGGUAUUCUAAAAUAUCGGCUACGUUGGCGACUCUAAGCAACAUUCAAUAUUAAGGUAAAAAAAAAUGUCAUCAUUUCCUGGGACUACCAGAAGUCAGUUGAUCAAAGCCUGUCAAGAUGAGAUGGAUACUUCUAAACCCAAGGACUGGAGCUGACCUAGUACCAUUCAUUAGGACAUUUCAGUAAAAUUUUACAGUGAAUUUAGUAAGUGUUGAAAACUUGUCUUAAUUAUCUGGAAAUUUUUGUUACCGCGAAAAUUGAAACACAACACAAUGGCAGGUGACAUAAACUUUUGAGAGGUUUGACUGAUGUGCACCAGUUGUCACACAAUGGCAGGUGACAUAAACUGUUGAGAGGUUUGACUGAUGUGCACCAGUUGUCACACAAUGGCAGGUGACAUAAACUGUUGAGAGGUUUGACUGAUGUGCACCAGUUGUCACACAAUGUAUGUUUUAAAUUUCAUUUCUAGUCUGACUGUAACCUGAAUAUUAUUUAACAUCUGCUGUUCUCAUCUGCUUCCAAUAGAAAAGUUGAUGGACUUGAUGACCCUCCAAAUGAUGUACAAAACUCUUUAAAUGUUCAUCUUUUUUUUGUUAAAGUGCACUUCAGCAGGAGGCUUGUCCUGGUGCCCAUACAUUGCCCGGGCCAAUAGUUGUCUGCUUCCUUGUAUUGUAAUAGUGUUUCCCCCUUUUAAUUCUAACUUAAUGCACGUUGCAUGGCUUAAAGACAUAAGCUAUAGGCCCUGUCAUUUGGUCCCAUAGCUUAAAUAGCUUGCCCUGCCUCCUGUCCCCCCAAAAAAAAGUUUUGACCAUAUUAUAGUAUAGUUUUGCUGGCUCCACAUAAACACUAGGUAUCAAAAAGUGGCUAAACUAACAGCAUCACAAAUUCAAUGGUCAAUCAGUGUUCAAUGAAAA